UGCAGUCUUCCCACUAUAACAUCUUUGCACUUCCGGCAGAGUUGCUCGACUCUUUGACACCCAGGAACCUUGUAAACAGAGCACCGACACGCGUCCUAACUCCCGACCCUGUUGACCCUGUUUCUAAAUCGGGCCCUCGAGCUUGCAACGUCUGCCAAGGGGCUAUAUUUCUCGACGUCGACCAACAACGCACGCAUUUCAGAUCGGACUGGCAUAGAUACAACGUCAAAACGCGGCUCAAUGGAGGUACGACUGUUACCGAGACAGCUUUUGCUCAACUAGUCGAAGGACUCGACGACUCGUUGUCUGGUUCAGCAUCAUCCGACGGCGAUGGGGAAGACUCUGACGCCGUUAACACACUACUGAAUAAAGCGAAGCGUCUCACAACUCGUUCGCCCUCACCCGAGUUGUCUUCCAAAGAUGCGCCUCUGACACCUCUCACCUGGUUUCAUUCCCCUCCUGCUACACAAGUCGGAAUCUAUCGCGCUAUCCUGCCACUGAAUACAGAAUCUGGUGAAUAUCUAUACGAACUGAGAAGGCUUCAGUCUUCAGUGCCCGAUGGACGGAAAUGGGCUAUGUUUAUGGUUGCUGGAGGUCACUUUGCUGGAGCAGUUGUUCGAGUCAGCUCGCCCGAAGAUGAACUAGAGGACGAAGCUGAGAGUAGGCAGAAAAAGAAGCCCAAGAAAUUCAAACCUGACACAGAAGUUUUGCUUCACAAGACAUUCCACCGAUAUACGAGUCGCCGAAAGCAAGGUGGAUCACAAUCCGCUAAUGAUAAUGCCAAAGGGCCUGCAAAAAGUGCUGGUGCACUUCUUCGACGUUAUGGUGAACAGGCUCUCCGAGAUGAAAUACGCAAUUUGUUGGGAGAAUGGGCCGACGAGAUUGCAUCCUGCGAAAGAAUUUGGAUCCGCGCAAGCAUCUCAAAUCGUCGGAUCUUUUACGAUUAUGCCGAUGCAGUCUUCCCCAAGAACGAUGAGAGAUUGAGAACGUUCCCAUUCCCCACCCGUCGUCCUGCUCAAUCAGAACUCAAUCGCUGUCUUCUUGAGCUUGUCCGCCCAAAAAUCUCGCACUUCACAGAGGAGGAACUCAAAUUGCAGGAUGAAGCCUAUCUUGCCUCGCUGCCGAAGCCGAAGCCAGUCCCCACCAUCCAACCAGUUGCGGUUACGGAGAAGCUGAAGCUGCCUAAGCUUACGAGGGAGGAGGAAGCCCUACGCGACAAAUGGAACCGUCUGCUUGAAAUGGUGUACAAAGGCCGCUUAGAACCGCUAAAGGUGUUCCUCGAUCGCGAGAGUUCGAAUAUCGGCGGUGUCAAUGCUCUGGUCCCGGAAUGGACAGGCGAGAGACGAGCGACCAUCCUUCAGAUCGCGGUGCAAUCCGGGCACGAAGACAUAGUCAAGUGGGUGCUCGAAGAAGCUCAGGCGGAUCCCACCAUUCCCGUUCCGUCAGCUAAGCUCGGUGACAUCGAUGAAGACGAGGAGGGGCCUAAGUCGGAUGCCUCUGACGCAGCACGUCCUGCCAAAGGCUCGCGGAGAGCUGCAUACGAUCUCGCCAAGACCAAGGCCAUCCGCGACAUCUUCCGACGAUGUGCGGCUGCGCAUCCGGACUGGUGGGAUUGGUUUGGAACUGCUCGAGUUCCCAGUGCUCUCAGCCAGGAGAUGGAGGAAGGACGUGAGGAGAAGAAGAAGGUCAGGAGGAAGGGGUUAAAGGACCGUGUCAAGGAGCGGGAAGCCAAAGACAGGGAGAAGGAGAAGGAACAACCUAUCAUACCACCUGCUGCAGUCACAUCUGAGGUGAAGGAGGUGUCAAAUACCCGGAGGCUUGGAGGAGCAUCUGGAGCAGGUGAUGGUGUUGCUGGGCUGACACCUGAGAUGAGAGCAAAGGUUGAGAGGGAACGAAGAGCAAGGGCAGCCGAGGCACGUCUAAAAGGACUGGCUGGUGCUGGGUGAA